AUGCCUGCAUCUCAUCUUUGCUUUGGAUUCUUCUAUGAAUCAUUUAUUCAGGACAUUAUCUGCCAUUUCAUGUUUCGCACCUAUGAACACGGUUGUAAACAGUACAAACCGACUCUUCGACGGAUGAGCCAGCAUUCUAGGCCAGUCGCUUAUGAUGGCACCAAACUCGUCUGUUCUGCGUUGUCCUUUACGAUUUGCAUAUGCGAAUUCGCCUUAGCCAUUUAUGAAUACUCCUACUCUAGAGGAGGAAAUCUAAGUGGAGCAAUAUUUACAUGUGUAUUUUCCAUUCACGGGUGCAUUACAUUGUUGUAUUUUGUGGGUAUUAUCAAACGGAAUCCUUGCCUUCUUGUGCCUUUUCUAACUUUACAAGUAAGUCAGGUUUUUUUUUUGAAAACUAGUUUUUUGAAUUGA